AUUUACAAAUACACCAAAUACGAAUAUUGCGACUUUGAACUUUUCGACGCUUUCGUUGUAGACUUCCUAGGAUGGGAAGAAGCAACGUUUCGACUGGCGAAUGCGGAUAUUAAUCGGAUCCUACGCGAUUUCCUACGACAAAACGGUGUAUAUGUGAAAAUGGACAAAUCCCUGAUCGCUGCAAAGUUGGCAGAACUCAACAACCUCGAUAACAUGCCCGAAUGGGAUCCGAUAGAGCUCCGC